UAUUGUUUUCGGCUAAGUGAACUAUCUGUUUUCAUAUAGUAUGUGGCUAAGUGAACUAUCUGUUUUCAUAUAGUCUGUGGUUUUUGUCUUGUACUAUAAUUUCUAAUAUUAAAAUGAGUGAAAAUAAUAAAAAUAGUUCUUCAUUUAUAAAAUCGUUAGCAGUAGGUACUGCUUUAUUAGCAGGAUCAGGAAUUGCUUUAUACACAUAUAUGAAUAAUCAAUCUACCGGAACAGUUUCAAGUGACCUCUCCUCGCAAUCGAGUAAAAAAAGUACCAGUCAACAAAGUAGCUCAAACAAUAAUAAAGUUGAAAGUUCUACUUUGAGUUCAAAUGUAACAGAAGUACAAAAUACUAAUAAAUAUCAAUCUGACACAUCAGAUACACCUUCAAGAAAAUUACUUCCGGGUUGGGACUAGAAAUUACAGUUGUUAAAAUUAUUAUUUACUAAAAUAAUGAAUUACUAAAAAUUAUUGUAUCAUAUUUUAUGAAUUUAUAAAGAAGUUAAUUAUAUUAUUUUUAAACUUGAUAUGUUUAAUAUUUUAUUUUCACUAUUAAUUAAAAAAAGCUAAAAAAAAAUUAGUUUGUCUAUAGAGAUUUAUGUAAGUAAUGCCUUAUUUUUUAGAAUUUAUUUUUAUUUUUUAACAUUCAGUUGAAAUAAUGUACUGUUUUUUUGUAUUUAAAGUAUUUAUUGUUUUUAAACAGACAUAUAUUUUAUAACAUACAUAACAUACAAUUCUUGAUAUAUAAAUAUUGUAGUGAAUAUCAUCUGUAUUCAUAGAUUUUAUAUAUAGUGUUUAAAGUCUAUGAUUAAAUUAUAAAUAACAUUAGAUAUAAUGUCUCUAACACUACUUUAUAUUAGUAAUAACACUGGUCUACAAAAUGAAACUUUUUUUAAUUAUCAGAUGACAAUUUAAUUUUCCAAGCUAUUUUGUUGAUCUGAUUUCAAAUUUGCUAUCAGAUUUUUUCUAUUACCUCUAGUAUUUGAGAAUAUAUUAAUUAAUAUUUGAAAUUAAAAUUAUUAAAUAGGAAUUUUAUGAGUUUUUAUAACAUGGUGUUAUUUAGUUUAAUAUGGGCUCAGGAACUUUUAUAAUUAUCAUCAAAUAGAUGCUGCAAAUGAAAUAUUCAGAACUUAAUUAAUUUUUUAAUUAUUCAAAAGUAAUAAAAAAAACUGGUUAAAUUAAAAUCUUACAACAUAUCAGAGGAUGAAAUAAUGACAAAAUCCUUCAAUAUUAAUACAACUCUAUAAUGUUCAUUCAAAAAUUCAAAUAUUUAUUGAAAUUUAAUCAUAUUUGUUUGAAUAAUAGUUUAUAUAGGAAUUAUUAAUAAAUAUAUUUUAAAUAAAUCCAAUUUUAUUUAACACAAAUUCUACUAUUACAUAAGUAGUAUCAAUUAGAUGUAGUAUAUGAAUUUGAAUAAUUAUUGUAUUACAUUUAUUUUGUAGCAUUCAUUUUAUAAAAAAUGUAGGAAUGGGUAGUUCGUGAGUGAGUCAACUCAAAAAAAUUGACUCUUUUAGGUGAACUGAACGAGCUGAAUCAGUGUGCCAUAAUACUGUUACUCAAUGACUCAGUAUGGACUACUGAGAAUUGAAUUUAGUUUAGAAUGUCUUAUCAAUAAAUUCUGCAUCAUGUUAACUUACAGGAGUAGAAGUUCAUGGAGCAAUAUUUGGGUCAUCAAUCGUCUCUUCUAUUACAAAAGUCUUUCUAUUUAAUAAAUUUGAUGUAUACUUAGAUUUAAUAUGUCUAAUUAAAUUUGAAGUCAAAUAAUCUGCUUAAAGUUGAAACAAAUCCCAAAUAACACUUAAUUUACUCAUUUUAAAAUGAUAUAAAAUACCUUUGUAAAUUAAAUAAAGUGUUUCAAAAUUUUCAAUUUUGUGCAUAAGAUUUACUGUGAUCACAGGAAACAGCAUUGACUCAAUGAGUGAAAUUUUAAAUAAAUGAGACUAGAUUAUUCAUAAUAUGUCAAUUUUUAGAGCAAUAUUCAUUCAAUAAUAGACCAGUAAUAACACGUAAGAAAAUUUUGAAAUAUAUGAGAUGAGAAACCUAUUUUUCUCAUUGUAUGCACUAAACAUUAAACAUUGAUAAUACCUACAUUGUAUUUGUAUACCUAAUUCAACACAUAAAUAAAUCUAUGUGUUGAUGUUAAUAAUAAAAUAUAGUUUUUUUAGAUUUUAAAUUUACUUUUUAUUUCAAUAAUAAUUAACAAAUUUAAAUAUAAUUAGUAAAAAUUGUAAACAAUUGAAUAGAAAAAUAUUUAAUAAAUAUCAGAUAACUAAAUAAAUUUCUAUUUGUGUAAUUAUUGUGGGUAUGUAUUGAGAAUUUAAAAUUUUAACAAAAGAAAAAAAGGAAUCAAACUUGAAUGAUUAGAAGUUUUAACUUAAAAUUAGCUCAACCAUCUUAUAGGUAAAAAUUAGGGUUUGAGGCCCAUCAUCUCAUAAAAUUACUAAUUAUUAAUAACCAACUCUACUUUUUCCAUUAUGUACAUACAAAUUGAAUUCGAUUUUCAUUUCUUUCGCGCUUUAUUUUAAUUCCAAUAUAUAUAAACAAAUAAUGAAUAAAAAAUUAUUGAUAGCAAUAUUAUAUUUCAUUUCACAAUAGUAGUUAAUAAAUAAUUAUUUACAAUGAGUAAAAUGAAUUAUUAUUCACAUUUGUGUAAAACAAUAGUUCAUUUAUAUUUCAUACUUGAUAUUAAUCUAGUCAAGAUAACUAUUAAGGCGCAUUUAUAAGGCACUCUACGAGUAUGCCUUGCGAGUUGCAAUUUGCGUUCCACAAACUUCUACAACUUACGAGUCAGAAUCGCGCCUUUAAAGAUUCGACAAUUUGGAGUUAACUCAUUUGAGUGAACUGAUUCAAACACAGAUAUAGCUAAUUGUUUAUUAUCUAUAUCUGUGGAUUCAAAUGAACUGAUUCAUAUCAGUGAGUCAAAAAUCCCAUCUUUAAAAAUAUGUGAGACAUUCUUCGCCAUCAGGCCUUAUUAUCAAUUUUGGAAUAUUGAUAACUUAUCUAACUGUUAUGUCUACAGCUUAGCGGUCACGUGUUAAGUUUUUUAUUUAAAAAAAUCUUCAAGUAAUCUCAUAUUUUUUAUUAAUACCUGAACUUGUCUUUUUGGUGAAUUCACUGAUGACGCUACAAAUUAAUUGCAGUGUGUAAAUAAAAUAAGUUGUCCAGAAAAUUAGUAAAGGAUAUCAGUUAUAAUGAAUAUAGUGGAAG